AUAACAGGGGGGGGAGUGUGCACUGUGCAGUUGACUACAGAGAGAGAGAGGGAGAGAGAGAGAGAGAGAGAGAGCGAGAGAGAGAGAGCAGCUCGCCGGCCCAUUGAGGAAAGAUGGCUACAGUCACUGCAAACGGAGUGCAGCAAGAGAAUGGAUUCAGCACCACGAACAGCGCCGGCAGGAUGAACGGGCUUACCAUCGGCCAGAACACCAUUCCAAUGAAGGACCACGACGCCAUCAAGCUUUUCAUCGGGCAGAUUCCCAGAAACCUGGAGGAAAAAGACCUGAAACCCCUGUUUGAGGAAUUCGGAAAGAUAUACGAACUCACUGUACUGAAAGACAGGUUUACGGGAAUGCAUAAAGGAUGUGCCUUUCUAACAUACUGUGCCAGAGAGUCAGCACUGAAGGCCCAGAGCGCCCUCCAUGAACAGAAGACUCUGCCAGGGAUGAACCGGCCCAUCCAGGUGAAGCCAGCCGACAGCGAAGGACGAGGAGAAGACAGGAAGCUGUUUGUGGGAAUGCUCGGCAAGCAGCAGAGCGAGGACGACGUCCGGCGGCUGUUCGAGACCUUCGGCCAGAUCGAGGAGUGCACCGUCCUGCGAGGGCCUGAUGGGGCCAGUAAGGGCUGCGCCUUUGUCAAGUUCUCCAGCCACGCAGAAGCGCAGGCCGCCAUCAACAGCUUGCAUGGUGGACAGACUAUGCCUGGUGCCUCGUCCAGUCUGGUGGUCAAAUUUGCAGACACUGAUAAGGAGAGGACCCUGCGCAGGAUGCACCAGAUGGCGGGCCAGCUCGGCAUCUUCAGUCCCAUGACCAUCCAAUUUGGGGCCUAUGGCGCCUACUCUCAUGCUGUAAGUCUCAGCCCGGCGGGGGAGGAGACGCAGAUGAUGCAACAGCAAGCAGCCCUGAUGGCAGCAACACAAGGGUCCUACCUGAACCCCAUGGCAGCCAUCGCUGCCGCGCAAAUGCAGCAAAUGGCAGCUUUCAAUGUCAACGGCCUGGUGGCUACUCCCAUGACACCGUCCUCAGGCACCAGCACACCCCCGGGCAUCUCUGCCACAGCCGUGCCCAGCAUAGCCACCCCUAUCGGGGUCAACGGAUUCAGUGCCCUCCCGCCUCAAAGCAACGGGCAGUCCGCCUCUGAGCCCAUCUAUACCAAUGGUAUUCACCCUUACCCAGCACAGAGUCCAACGGUGACUGACCCUCUCCAACAGGCUUAUGCUGGCGUCCAACACUACGCAGCAGCCUACCCUGCCGCCUAUGCGCCAAUCAGCCAAGCGUUCCCCCAGCAACCAACCAUCAUUCCCCAGCAACAGAGGGAAGGGCCAGAAGGUUGCAACCUGUUUAUUUAUCACCUGCCCCAGGAGUUCGGAGAUGCGGAGCUCAUGCAAAUGUUCCUGCCUUUUGGCAACGUCAUCUCCGCCAAAGUGUUUGUGGACCGAGCGACCAAUCAGAGCAAAUGUUUUGGCUUUGUGAGUUUUGAUAACCCGUCCAGUGCUCAAGCCGCUAUCCAGGCCAUGAACGGCUUUCAGAUAGGCAUGAAGAGGCUGAAGGUGCAGCUAAAGCGGCCAAAGGAUGCCAACCGACCUUACUGACUCGUCUGCUGUCCGUACCCAGGAUGAAGGGCCACAACACCUUAUUUCCACAAGUGCAGUAAAAGUACAAAGACUUCUUGCUCUGCUACAUAUCAUGAAGGAAGGGUGGUCCCUUGAUCCUGCUGGAAACCCGCUGAAAGAUUGGGUGACUGAGAGAGGGAU